UGGGUACCUACAAGACGCAGCGCUCUGUAUGAGAGAAUCGGAACAUUGCAAAUAUAAGAAUAAUAAGAGUAAUAAUUUGUAAUGGAUGUCCUGGAUGCAGAUUUACAUUCCAAACUCUUUUGGAACUUGGAGGCGAGAUCUACGCAAAGAUGGAUAACGGAUUUUUUUACGCGAGUACACACCACCUGCGACGUUCCCCCUAACGCUAUUUUUGGACCGUGUGAGCUCAAGCACACCUCUGUUUAUGACAGCAUUGCGUUCAUCGCUCUCAAGUCUAUAGAUAGAAUAACUGCACCAUACAUUUUAAGGGUGGAUACUUCAGCGCCCAACACGCGCAGCGGUGGUCCGAUGUGGUUGCGCCUAGUGCAGUCAGCCCGGAGCGGUGAAGAACAGAACUUGGAAGCUUAUGUUAAGAAUGGACAACUAUUCUACAGAGCACUCCGGGCAAUCCAGAAGGAAGAAGAGCUGUUAGUCUGGUAUGGGAAAGAACUUUCCAACCUUUUGCUACUGAAACCACUGCAGAUACUAAGCAAAGGUGCUGGUCUCUACAGAUGUGUCAACUGCGACCAACGCUUUGGGUCAGAGUUCCCCUUUUUGGCCCAUCGGAGAUUCAUCUGCACCCUGAGACAACCAAACAGCCUCACAAAACUUGGACAUGACAAACCCAACACCAACCAUGACAACUCGGAUUCAGUGAAUGCUAACAAACUGGGCCAUAAACAAAACGAUCCACAGGAUGGAAAACCUACAACGGACUUCCACAAUCUAGCCCGAGAUAUGGAAAAUACCGGAAAUAAGACAGGUUUUUCUGGCGUCCAGUCGGCUGGUGCCCUAAAAAGGAAACGCAUGGAGGUAGAAGGGGACUGUAGUAGCUCGCGGAUUCCUAUCCUCAAGCAGGAACCAGUGGACAGAGGAUACUGCGACUUGAGCAUGAUUCAACAACCUUGCCCAGUCUCCUGUCACAUGCCCCCUAUUCCAAUCAGAAAGGCAUCCACUGAAGACGGACCCACUCGACCUCAACUGUCGCUAAAGAAGUCAGAGAUUGAAGUGCUCACAACCAACUCACGAAAUCAGAACGAUCAGACCGGCAGUGGACGAGGAGUUGAUCAGAGACACCCAAAAAAUAUGUUGUCUAAAUAUAUUUUGCGCUCAGGGGAAACCUCCACUGACACUCUUGUAGGCACCUCUAUCUUCAGCAACGUCUCUGUCCCAGAAAACAGAAGUGUCUUCUCCCAGGCUCCACGGUCUGUUCCACUACACCACACUAUCCCCCUGCUUGAUAGGACUAAAUCCACCAUUGCCAAAACCCAAUUUCACAGACCGAUUCUGGUCAAGGGUAUUUCAAAACCGAGGCACCCUCUCUACAGCCCAGCAGCUCUCUGGACCAGGCCCCCAGACAGGCACCUGGUCCAGGUUCCCCCAUCUCCAGUGCUCCUGGCUCCUUCCGUCCCACGGCUCUCACCCCACUUCCUGCCGGUUCAGAACUGGUGCGCCAAAUGCAACCUCUCCUUCCGUCUCACAUCUGACCUGGUGCAGCACAUGAGGUCUCUCCACAAGAGGGCGCUGGACGCAACGGUGUCAGGUUCCGGGAUUAAACAACAGUACAAGGAUAAAGAGGACAGGCUCAAGUGUUCCAUCUGCAGCGAGGUUUUCAGACAACGCCACCACCUCGCACGACACUUGACUUCUCACACAUGAGUUUACUGACUUGUGAUCAUUAGUUUCAUUUAGUAUUUAAGUAUUCAAUUUGAAAUAUACAUUAACAAUACAAUUACAUUUUAUUUUAAACAUGACCAACUCUGCUCAAAUCACUUUUCCUUUAGAAAUAGCAAUUUAGAGUUCCCUCUUAAGAUUGUAAAAUGUAAUUUUUUUUCAAUGCCAUUUAUUUUUUAUAUUCUUUCACAAUAAAAGCUUAUUUUUUAGAUUAGUUACAAUAGU